AUGUUCCUCUACUGUCGUUACCCAAAUUCCACAUAUCUAAAAUCCUUCUUUCCUGAGGUAAAAUUUAAUCGAUACAACACUGCCCAAUUAGUCAAAUGGUUUUCAAACUUUCGGGAAUAUUAUUAUAUUAAUAUCGAGAGAUAUGUCCGAAAAUUAAUUGCUGAAGGCAUAAAAACUUCAGACUGUGUCAGAAUUACACCAAAACACGCACUUUAUCGAACGCUAAUAGGACACUACAAUCGUGGAAUUGAAAAUGAAAUACCACCAGAAUUUUGCCAAGUAGUUGAACGCACAGUGAUUGAAUUUCUAAUGGCCAUUAUCUCAGAACCCGAUAGCCACUCGGCGUGGAAAAAGAAGAUUUACAAAACUAUUGCAAAAUUAGACCAACCCAUUCCUGAGAAAUUCAAAAACUCUCAUUAUCGUUUCUGA